UUCUUGCUUCCAUUGGAAGCUAAAAGGAGUAAUAGCAGUAGUUCCCACUCCCAAUAGGCGAUGCUGCGAGCUGGUUCCAACGCCGGCGGCCGUGCCAUCCGGCGGCUAUACCGCAGCAGCAGCAUCACCUCCUGCCAUUAUUAUCCAGUAACUACUUCCUUUCUUCCAAAUUUGACUGCUCCUCUUGGUCUCCCAAUAAGCAACAAUGACAGUUUUGAUCAUAGUUUCCAUAAUAAUGUGAGCUGUAAGUGUACCACGCUUGGAUUUUCAGCUUAUUCCACGGUGGCAGGGACGGCUGCGGCGGCAACGAGUUCUUCUGAAGUUGAUUUUGUAAAUUUGGAGGUAGAAGCAGAGUUGCCGCGGUUGAGCGGUGGUGGAGGAAUCGGGGAUGCGUAUUCAGCGAUAGAGCUGGCAUUGGAUUCUGUUGUGAAGAUUUUUACUGUGUCGAGUAGCCCUAAUUACUUCCUCCCUUGGCAGAACAAGUCUCAGCGCGAAACCAUGGGUUCCGGCUUUGUUAUUCCUGGAAAGAGGAUCCUUACAAAUGCUCACGUGGUUGCUGAUUAUACAUUUGUCCUUGUAAGAAAACAUGGUUCUCCUACCAAGUAUAGAGCUGAAGUCCAAGUAGUUGGUCAUGAAUGUGACUUGGCUAUUCUGGUUGUUGAAAAUGAGGAAUUUUGGCAGAACAUGAGUCCUUUGGAGCUUGGCGACAUUCCGUAUCUUCAAGAAGCUGUAGCUGUUGUUGGUUAUCCCCAAGGUGGGGAUAACAUUUCUGUUACAAAAGGGGUUGUCUCUAGAGUUGAACCGACUCAGUACGUACAUGGUGCAACACAAUUGCUGGCAAUACAGAUUGAUGCUGCCAUAAAUCCUGGGAAUAGUGGAGGCCCAGCAAUUAUGGGUGACAAAGUUGCUGGAGUGGCUUUUCAAAACCUCUCAGGUGCAGAGAAUAUUGGAUACAUUAUCCCUGUCCCUGUAAUAAAACAUUUCAUUGCUGGCGUUGAAGAAAGAGGAAACUAUGUGGGAUUCUGCUCCUUGGGUUUGUCAUGCCAGUCAACUGAAAAUGUGCAACUUCGAGAACACUUUCAUAUGCAUCCAGGUUUGACGGGGGUGAUGGUGAGCAAAAUUAACCCACUCUCCAAUGCACAUAAAGUUUUGAAAAAGGAUGAUAUUCUCCUCUCAUUUGAUGGUGUACCCAUUGCAAAUGAUGGAACAGUUCCUUUCCGUAACAGAGAGCGAAUUACGUUUGAUCAUUUAGUCUCCAUGAAGAAACCAAAUGAAACUGCUGUACUUAAGGUAUUAAGGAAUGGUGAAGAGCAUGAGUUCGAUAUUACCCUCCAGCCGUUGCAGCCGUUAGUUCCAGUUCAUCAAUUUGAUAAGCUCCCAAGUUACUUCAUUUUUGCUGGUCUGCUCUUUGUACCCCUUACACAACCGUACCUUCAUGAAUAUGGAGAAGAUUGGUAUAAUACAUCCCCUCGUAGAUUAUGUGAACGAGCACUAAGGGAAUUACCAAGAAAAGCUGGUGAACAACUGGUCAUUCUUUCUCAGGUGUUGAUGGAUGAUAUCAAUACUGGUUAUGAGCGUCUUGCCGAAUUACAGGUGAAAAAGGUGAAUAAUGUGGAAGUCGAGAAUUUAAGACAUCUGUGCCAACUCGUUGAAGGCUGUGAGAAAGAAGCUAUAAGAUUUGACUUGGAUGAUGAAAGGGUGAUUGUUUUGAACUAUAGUAUGGCAAAAGUAGCCACAUCUCGUAUAUUACAACGACAUAGAAUCCCUAAUGCAAUGUCUGGUGAUCUUCUUAAUAAUGAACGAAAUGUGUCAAACAUUUCAUCAGCGUGUUCGAGCUGAGUUCUUUUGUUACUCUUUAUUUUAGCGUUCACCUUAAUUUUGUUGUCUCAAAUUCGAAAAGUAACAAUGAGUUUUUAUUCUUGAUGAGCAAAUCAUUGAACUAAAAAAACUAACCUUUGCAGAGAAUAUUUCACAAUUCGAUCUGCAUGUAACAUUGUGGUACAAAAACUGUCG